GCGUUCCUAAGCCCCGCCUCCGGGGCAAGGGCGCGCUCCCCCUCCCAGCUCUGCCCAAGCAGUUCCGUUAGGAGCGGGAGGAAAAACCGUCCGUCGGGUCCCCGCCUCUCCACUCCUAACGCUUUACUCCCUACUCCCCCUGCGACCACUACACAGCCGGCUACGGAGGCCCCUAAUGUACAAAUAUCCCCCAGGCCCUUGCUUAUCCUGAUAGGUUUUGUCCUUUCUUAAUCGACCCAGUACUAAGGCCUUGUGUUCAGUUUUUCUCCGGGAUUCAGACUAGAGAGUUUCUUCCGGCGUAAGGAACUUCAACGCUCUUCACGGAAGUAAAAGUGUUUUUUUGGUUGUUGUUGCCGUUGUGGCUGCCCGCAUUCCUUCCCUCCCACCUCGCGGAAUUGUGGCGGGAGGGGGAGGAGGAAGUCAGGGCGCCUGCGCGGAGAGGCCGCUUUCCAUCCGGGUCCCUGUCCGUGCGGUGCAGCAGGUCGGUAGGCGGGAAAUGGCGACUGGCUGAAGGAGCUGGUUCUGUUGCUGCUGCGGGGUAAGCGGGAAAGACACCACACAUUGCGCAGUCGGGACCAUCGCCGGAGCCUGAGGACACUUCUCUGUCGUCACAGUUAGUUUUACAUGUGGCACCCAUAAAAGAUGAGGCUGAGAACACGGAAAGCUUCUCAGCAGUCAAAUCAAAUCCAAACACAACGCACUGCCAGAGCAAAGAGGAAAUAUUCAGAGGUUGAUGAUAGCCUGCCUUCAGGAGGAGAAAAACCAUCGAAGAAUGAAACCGGCUUGUUGUCUUCAAUUAAAAAAUUUAUUAAAGGAAGCACACCUAAGGAAGAGAGAGAAAAUCCUUCAAAACGGAGUAGAAUUGAACGUGAUAUAGAUAACAAUUUGAUCACGUCAACACCAAGAGCAGGAGAAAAACCUAACAAACAGAUAUCUCGAGUAAGACGGAAAAGUCAAGUAAAUGGAGAAGCUGGUAGUUAUGAAAUGACAAAUCAACAUGUAAAACAAAAUGGAAAAUUAGAAGAUAAUCCUUCCUCUGGCAGUCCUCCAAGGACUACUUUGUUGGGGACCAUAUUUUCACCUGUCUUCAACUUUUUUUCACCAGCAAAUAAAAAUGGAACAUCAGGAUCAGAUUCUCCAGGACAGGCUGUGGAAGCUGAAGAAAUAGUAAAACAACUUGAUAUGGAACAGGUGGAUGAGAUCACUACCAGUACUACUACAUCAACUAAUGGAGCAGCUUACUCAAAUCAAGCAGUUCAAGUGAGACCAUCAAUAAACAAUGGUUUAGAAGAAGCAGAAGAAACAGUUAAUCGUGAUAUCCCACCCCUUACAGCACCAGUAACUCCAGAUAGUGGUUAUUCAUCAGCCCACGCGGAGGCCACCUAUGAAGAAGACUGGGAAGUAUUUGACCCCUAUUAUUUCAUCAAACAUGUCCCGCCACUGACAGAAGAACAACUAAAUAGGAAACCUGCUCUUCCGUUGAAAACAAGAAGCACACCGGAAUUCUCCCUAGUUUUAGACUUGGAUGAAACACUAGUGCAUUGUAGUCUAAAUGAGCUAGAAGAUGCAGCACUUACUUUUCCAGUCCUUUUCCAAGAUGUCAUUUAUCAGGUUUAUGUGAGAUUAAGACCAUUUUUCAGGGAAUUCCUGGAACGAAUGUCUCAGAUGUAUGAGAUCAUUCUUUUUACUGCUUCUAAGAAGGUGUAUGCAGACAAGUUACUGAACAUACUAGACCCUAAAAAGCAACUGGUCAGGCACCGGCUUUUCCGUGAACAUUGUGUUUGUGUACAAGGAAACUAUAUAAAGGACUUAAAUAUUCUUGGAAGAGAUCUUUCAAAAACUAUAAUAAUUGACAACUCACCACAAGCCUUUGCAUAUCAGCUUUCUAAUGGAAUCCCUAUAGAAAGUUGGUUUAUGGAUAAAAAUGACAAUGAACUCCUAAAAUUGAUUCCAUUCCUGGAGAAGCUUGUAGAACUGAAUGAAGAUGUUCGACCACACAUCAGAGACAGAUUUCGCUUGCAUGAUUUGCUGCCCCCAGAUUAAGUACAAAGACUUGUCAAAUCACUGAAGGGGGAGAGAAUGCAGGACCCUUUUGGACUAAGACAAAAACAUUGCCAUUACUGUUGAAAUUUUGCAUUUUUGUACCCCGUCUUGCUUUUCUUAUCUUUGGUGCCCAAUAAUAAUCAAGGGUUACAGAAAGAGACUUUAUCUAUCUCAGAUCGAAUACAUAUAGUAGGUAGGCUAAAACAGAAGAGUCUUUAGAACUAGUGCAACUCCAGUGAAAUUUUUUAUGUACAGGACAUCUGCAGUUUAUAAAGAAUUCUGUUUCUGCCACCAGCAGUUUGACCUGUAGUCACACAGGAUUUUAUGAUAAUAACAGAGAUGAAAAUGGACUUUUAUUUUCUCUCUGUUUGGUGCUCUAAGUGGGUUUGUAGCCACUUUUCUGUUAUUUUAUGAUUCUCAUUUCAACAGGAAUGGCCAGUAAAAGUUGUUUUAUUUUUCCUGUUAAGGUUUAUAACCUUUUUACAUUUUUGACCUGUAUUAGAUUAGAAUUUCAUUAUGCAUUCCUUUUAGUUGAGGCGCUUCAUAGUUUUCUGGAGAUAGUCAAUUUUUAGUUUUUUAUUAUACAUUUGAAUGGCCGUUUUCCUGCUUUGUCUGCCUGCACAUUGUAUAUUUGUUUAAAAAUAUUCUCUACUUUUAGUCUAUGUAAGUUUCAUUUAGAAAGACAUGCAUUUAUAUUUUGUUUCUGUAAUAUUCUACUGUAGGUGAAAUCUUUUCAAAAAUCAAGAGACUGGGUAGAUAAGAAUAUAUGAAUGACUAAUAUACAAAAGAUUUAAACCAUUGUGAUGGCGUAUAUUCUCAAAUGGUAAUAUCUUGCAAUGGCACACAGAUUUAAUGGAUAAAGGUAUACCUCAGACUUCACUGUGCUCACAAAUCUUUGAGGAGAAAGUUUGGUCACCUGUUUGGCUUGAUUUAGUUACUGCUGCCUUUGGUUUUCUCCAGGAAUGAAGUAUUCAGCACAGUGACUCAGUAUUUUUAGUUAUUUUGCAUGGGCUGGUAGUACCUCUGUUAUGCUCUCAGUUACAAUCAAUUUAAAACUGUGUAACAGUCUUGGUACCUAACAGUAGCUAUGCAUAAUCCUGUGGCACAGUACACUCCCAAGCCACCAAUGCAGUUAAUAUGCUCUCAUAGUGGUUUUUCUAUGCUAUAUGAAAAUAGUCUUCAAGCCUUGGUUCUCUAAUGCAGCUACCACAAGAGGUUGAUAUUUUUAUAGUGGCACGUAAUCUCCUUUUCGGGAGGCUUUUUAUGGAAGGUAGAAUUUGUAAAAGUUCGUAUGCUUUGCCUCUCAACUGCAUUAACAUGCCACAGGCUCAGACUGUUUUUGUGUAAAGGAUGUCAAAGAACGGCACUUUUUCUAAAGAGAAGUUUGAUAUUUUGUAUGCUUGUUAAGAAAGUACAGUAUUGGAAAUUAAAGGUGGACAACUGAUAAUUGAGGAGUAUGUCAAUUAAUUUUUUAUGUAUAUUACCUGUUUACUUGUACAACUUACUGUACAAAUUACAUGCAGCUUCAUUUUCAAAUGAAUCCUUAAAAUAAGGAAAUCUUUUUAGGAAAACAUUUAAUUUUUGUAUUUUUGAUUUUAAAGGCAUGAGUUAUGUCAAUUUUCAGUGUAUUAAUGAAGAUUUUAACUUUUCAUCAGGUUGAGUGUUUUCUUACUAUAUUAUCUGUUGUGUAUGUAGUUAGCAUAUUGUGUCACUGAACUGUUUAAAAAUCUAGCAUGUAGAGCAAGCCUGUUUUGUGGAAAAUCCUUAUUCAUUAAAAAAAUAAUCAUGGCAGAUUUUCUGCAAAAAAAAAAAAAACAAGCAUUUGCAAUUCAGAAUACUGAUUUUUUUAAUUUUAUUUAAAGAAAGGUAUUUUGCUUGCAGGAAAAAAAUACUACAGAUUCAUUUUAAUGAGAAUCUUUGAAAUGUAUUUAUCUUUAGGGCAUCUGGGCAUCUUUAUGCUGUUUGUCUUCUGUCUUUCUUGAAAUAAAAUGUACAUACGUUACCUUUACAUAUGCUCUUGCUCAAAAUUGUGAACCUAGUUACAUUUCUCCCUGCUCCCUUCCUUUUUAUGCUCAAACAGCGAAACCCAAAACUUAAAAGAUCUGAACUUUCAGCAUGCAUUCUGAUUGCUGAAAGAUUUCCUGAUUUAGUGCAUUCUCAAAAGGGCUUUCCCAUAAUCUAAAGGGAAAUGUUUAAGCACCUAUACUCUUGUGCCUGUGGGCACUUCAAUAAUAAAAACCAACUUUUAAAACUAAUCAUCUUUUAUCAAUGAUAAAGUUGUUUUCGGUCCCACACUAGAAGAGUUCCUUUAAGUCAGCUGAUCAAGCAUAAGAUACUUCCGUAAAGAAAUAAACUAAGAAAAUUUUAUAUGGCUUGAGAAAAUUCCUUGAGGCCAAAUUAAUAUAUUUUUUCUUUGUUAUUUUAUUUGAGUCAUUUUAAAUUUGUUAAUACAAAAUUUAAGAUAAUUUACAGAGACAAUUUAUCCAGCUUCCUUCUACCUUAAUACAAUGUUUUGUCUUCCCAUUAUCCUCUCUUUUCUUUAUCUGUUGGUAGAUGUAAAAAACUUCCAUUUAGUUAAUCGGAGGUGUGUAUUUUUUAAAUUGAAAUGUGCCCAGCCCCUUCAGCUCACACAGGAAACAUGAACUCUUAAAAAACUGACUAGUAAAUGCAGGAGAGGUGGAUACCUGAUGAGACACAGCGAAAGUGACCUGUAUACACAUUACAACUCUGGAGUACAUAUUAAAGUCGUGCUAUUUCCAGUGGUAAAUGUCUGACUUUUAAGACAUUCUUUUAAAUAUUUGUAUCAUUGUUAGGAUGUUUUAAUCAGUUGUUUUUUAAUUCCAUGUAAUAUAUGUAGCCCUCAUCAGAUUUAUAUCACCAUAUUUCUCCUUGUGUCCUAAGAGAAUUGAUGACAAUUCGUAACCAUAAAUUGUUUUAUAUUAGCUAGUAUGUAUAUUUAUUUUUACCCAAUGGCUUUAUCUGUUUCCCAAAAUUUGUUUGGGAUUUGUUGAAAGCAUUGUGUAACUUCUAUAAACGGCUAUUUUCUUGUAACUGUCAGUGAAA